UAAGGUUAUGGACACACUGUCCAAACUCUCUCAUACACACAUUGCACAGCAGACUGGAAUAAGGCCGUUUCCCACAGAAGAGAGUGUUGAGGAUGAAGACAUUUAUAACCAUCUAGAGGAUCUGAUAGAUGAGAAUGGUGUUGAGGAUGAGGAAGAUCUCUACGACUGUGUGUAUGAUGAUGAUGAGGGAGGAGAGGUGUAUGAAGAUCUGAUGAAGGUUGAGCUGGUACAACCACAGAAACAGGCCGAGACGGACAUCAGAAGCUGUUGUCUGAUGGAAAUCAAACAGACUGAGGAGAAAUACACAGAGACGCUGGACUCCAUAGAGAAAUUCUUUAUGAAGCCUCUGGGACAGUCACUGUCCAGUGUGGAGAUUGAAAAGGUGUUCAUCAAUAUACCAGACCUUGUGAAGCUGCACACGAGUCUUCUGAGAGAGGUUCAGGAUUCAGUGCUCAUGCAUAACGCCAAUAACCUGUUUCAGAUCUUUAUAAAAUACAAAGAAAGAUUAGUCCUGUAUGGGAAAUACUGCAGUCAAGUAGAAUCAGCCAUUGCGUGUUUGGAUGACAUCUGUAAGAACAGAGAGGACGUCAGGCAGAUGUUAGAGUUAUGUUCCAAACGAGCCAAUAACGGGAAGUUUACUCUGAGAGAUCUUCUGGUGGUUCCGAUGCAGAGAGUCCUGAAGUAUCAUCUACUUCUACAGGAACUGGUGAAACACACCCAUGAUGCCACAGACAAGAGUAAUUUACGGCAAGCGCUGGAUGCCAUGAAGGAUCUGGCUCAGUAUGUCAACGAGGUGAAGAGGGACAUCGAGACUCUACGAGACAUCGACCAGUACCAGAAAUCUAUAGAAAACCUUAAUCAGUCUCUCCGUAACUACGGGAGACCGAAAGGUGACAGCGAAGUGCGAGUAACUUCAGUCGACAAACGAGCCAAACAAGACAGGCACAUCUUUCUGUUCGACGCUGCCGUGAUCGUAUGCAAACGACGAGGAGAUAACUACGAGAUGAAGGAGGUGAUUGACCUCCACUCCUUCAAGAUCACCAACAACCCGACCUCAGAAAGAGAAAACCGAAAGUGGUGCCACGGAUUCUACCUCACACACAAUCAGGGUCAGAACGGCUUCGAGUUCUUUUUUAAAACCAAGGAGGUGAAGAAGAAAUGGCUGGAGCAGUUUGGCAUGGCAUUAUCGAACAUCUGUCCAGAGAGCGGGAAAAGUAAUUUCCAUGAGUUCCGCAUGCACACCUUUGAGACAACCACAUCCUGCAGCUCGUGUAAAAUGCUGCUGAGAGGAGUCUUCUAUCAAGGCUACCGCUGCUCCAAAUGUGGUGCUGGCGCCCAUAAGGAGUGUCUUGGUAGGGUGGAUGUUUGUGUCAGCAGUGCCGAUUCCAGCUCUUUCGGAUCUCAGAUUGGAAAAACACCCGGUCGUGGAGGAGACACAGGUCUCCCUAAGAUGAUGGUCAUCCGUAAUUACUAUGGGGUUCCAAGCCCCCUCUGUGGCCCACCGCUCAACAUCCAGGUUGGUGAUGUCAUCGAGGUGAUAGAGGCAAACGUCCGUAGCUGUUGGUGGAAGGGUAAAGUCCUGGCAACUAAAGAGGUUGGCUUCUUUCCAAGCGACGCAGUGAAGCCUUACCCAUGUGUACCCAAACCUGUUGACUACUCUUCUCAGCCUUGGUUCGCAGGCCCAAUGGAGAGGCUGCAGGCAGAGGCAGCGCUGCUCAACAGGAGGAGCAGCACAUACCUGGUCCGUCACAGAAGCCGAGAGUUUAACGAAUAUGCCAUCAGCAUCAAGUACAACAACGACGUGAAACACAUCAAGAUCUUAACAAAGGAGGGACUCUUCCACAUUGCAGAAAACAGGAAGUUCAGAAGCAUUUUAGAGCUGAUCGAGUAUUACAAACAUCACUCUCUGCGGGAAGGAUUCAGGACACUUGAUACCACGCUGCAGUUCGCCUACCGAGAGCCGGAGAAUGGAGCCAACAUGUUCACUCCUAAGGUGAUGGGUGUGGCGAUCGCCCGCUACGACUUCAGCUCUCGGGACACGCGGGAACUGUCUCUGCAGGAGGGCGAUGUGGUGAAGAUCUACAGCAAAACUGGAGCCAAUGGCUGGUGGAGGGGUGAAGUCAAUGGACGGGUGGGCUGGUUCCCCUCCACGUACGUAGAAGAAGGCGAGGAGUGAACGGCUCAGCGAUUACGCACAAGAGAAAGGAAACGGAGGGAAAAAAUCAGACGGACUGAGUCAGAAAAAGGGCAAGAGAUUGGCCGCUCUCUCUGUGUCUUGUUUGUCUAUCCUGGAGGACGUGCAUGGGGUUUGAUAGAUGAAGGACUGUCUCUCAGGGAGCAGAUUAUCAAACACAACCCCAGACCGCAUCUUAAAAGACCCUUCCGGGUGCCUGGAUGGAGCGUCGCGGGUGAAUCUGGGCCUGAGACGGAAUGCCGGAAUCGGACUGAGGUUACGCCGUGAGCUAUUUCUGUGUGCGUGCGGCAGUUUGUCUGCUCAUGGGGAAACAUGUUUGUCCUGACCUUGCCUGAGUCCUGCUUACCUGCACUAUUAUUGAUGACGCCCCUCCUCGUGUCUGCGCUGCCCCGGAGGUGUUCUCACACACGACCCACCCAGCUAU